UAUUCCACCUUAUCCGUUUCCUUGAGGCCGUGCCGGAGCCAAUUUUUCUUAAUUUCUUACCAUCUUCGCCGAGAACGAAUCGGCGUGCGUCACCUAAAGAAGUCCUUACCAGAACACUUUCCGUUGAUCUUCUGAUCGCCAGAUCCUAUCGCAGCCGCAUCAAUGACGAGUACUUUUUCAUUUUUUAAGGCCGCCACUAGGUGGUCUAAAAACCACAAAUUUUUUUUGACCAGUUUUGGUGUGUUAGCUGGUGGUGGUAGUUCCCUAAUUUAUGCACUUGAGCAAUCAAUCCAUGCUUCUAAUGACGCAGCUCAUGUGGCUAAACAAAAAUGGAAUCAUAAUGGAUGGUUUGAUACUUUAGAUCACGCUAGUGUUCGUCGAGGAUGGGAAGUAUACAAAAAUGUCUGUGCUGCGUGUCAUAGCGUUGAGUACUUGGCAUAUCGUGAGUUAGUUGGAGUUUGUCUGACCGAAGAUGAAGCUAAAGCUGAAGCUGCAGAACAAUUGAUUGAUGAUGGACCUGAUGAAACUGGUGCCAUGUUCAAAAGACCUGGCAAAUUAUCAGACCUGUUACCAAAGCCUUAUCCAAAUGAAGAAGCUGCUCGUUAUGCUAACGGUGGUGCAUACCCACCGGAUUUGACUUACAUAACUCAAGCUAGAAUAGACGGAGAGAAUUAUAUCUUUGCUUUGUUGACUGGUUAUAUGGAUCCACCAGCAGGAGUUUCAUUAGCAGAAAAUCAACAUUAUAAUCCUUACUUCCCUGGAGGCGCUAUUGGAAUGGCUCAAGCAUUAUAUGAUGAGAUUAUUGAGUAUGGAGAUGGAACUCCAGCUUCACAAAGUCAGUGUGCAAAAGAUGUUGUCACAUUUUUAAAAUGGUGUGCUGAACCAGAACACGAUACAAGAAAAUUAUUUGCCAUGAAAGCAUUUACUAUCUUGGGAGUACUUAACUUAGUAAUUUGGUACCUGCAUAGACAUUAUUGGUCAGUGUUGAAGACUCGAAAGAUUUUACAAAGCCCAAAAUCAUUGUUCAAAAAGUAAACUGUUGUUAGCUAGUAGUAGCCAAAAAUUAAAACGUACGAUAUUCAUUUUUGUUAAAACAUCCUAUGUUGAUUUUAUUGUUCAAGUUCUGUCUUAAAAAAUGCAAUUUUUAUAAGUUCACUUCUAUAAUAAAAUGUAUGAAAUUGUUUGUCGCAAAACUACUUUUCUGGAGCAUAAAAUCCUAUUUCAAUUACCAUAAUAUUCUAUAAAUGUUUUAACUUUAAUUACUACUAGUAAUUAGUAUUCCUAUUUCUCCAUUAUAUAUUCUGAUAAUGAGUUUGUACAUGAUAUAUUAUUAUAUAUUAUAUAAUAUAUAACCUAAUGGUAUACAGCACCUUCAAUUUAAGUUUGAAUUGACCAUUAUUAGUUGAAAUAUUCAGAUAUAAGUUUUGUUUUGAAAUUAAUUAAAAUAUGCUUACUAUUGGUCGACUAAAAUCGCAUUGGUUGCAAUAUUAAACAUGUAACAACAUAUAUUAUAGGUAUUAUAUAAAUCUUGUACAAUAUCAUUUAGGCCAUUUCCAUCCAUGCUUUUGACGUUAAGAUAAAAUAAAUAAUAAAAUUAUCAUCAA